CCCUGGUCACAAAAGCUAUGACGUCUGCUCCUUACCAACAACACAAUUCGAGACCUUACCUUCACUUUAUUCAAACAAGAGCGAAAGAAACUCCAGCAAACAUGUCCGACCUCCUCCGUGCACUACCAAGCAUCAAAAACCAAAACAACCCACCAAUCCGACCCCCAGCAAUGCCCCUAACAACAGCAGACGAAGGCAACUCGUCAUCCUCUGACAGUUCAGCAUCCACAAACGACAGCAUCGACACUCUACGCCCAUCAGAGCAAAACAACACUCUGCCCACACCAAACCCUUGGCCUGCAUAUUUCGAUCAAGAGCUCUUCUUCCAACACGAUUCAGAGACUCAAAAUGCGAAAUAUCAUGUCUAUCUGACUCCACCCAAGGAUGCGACCAAAGGGCCACUGUUUAUUUGUCAUCAUGGUGCUGGAGCCACGGGGAUGAGUUUUGCGUGUUUUGCUGCUGCGGUCAAGAAGGAGAUGCCUGGUGCUGGGGUGUGCAGUUUGGAAGCCAGGGAACACGGGUCUGUUGUCACGUCCCCUGUCACCAAUGAGGAGAUUUUGGAUUUCAGCAUUGAAACACUGGUUACAGAUGCUUUGAUGAUGAUUGAAUUGGUAAAAGCAAAGCAAGGCUGGAAGAAAUUGCCACCAUCUGUUUUCGUUGGGCAUAGUCUGGGAGGAGCAGUGGCUACACGUAUAGCAGCCGAUGGAGUAUUAGGAGCGCAACUAGUAGGCUUUGCGGUGUUGGAUGUUGUGGAAGGAUCGGCUAUUGAGGCGCUUUUGCAUAUGAAGACCUACUUGGCUUCUCGACCUGCAUCAUUCGCUUCUGUGGAUCAAGCGAUUAAUUGGCAUAUCCGCAGUCGUACGAUCAGGGAUCUGGAGAGUGCAAAGGCUAGCGUGCCUAGUCUUUUGGUGAGGGAGGGUGAUAGGUGGACUUGGAGGACUGAUCUCACGCGUACGCAGCGGUGGUGGGAAGAUUGGUUUACGGGGAUGAGUGGACGGUUUUUGAGAGGGCGAGCUGCGAAGUCUUUGUUGCUUGCUGGCACGGACAGAUUGGACAAGGAGCUCAUGGUUGGUCAGAUGCAGGGCAAGUUCCAACUUACAGUCAUACCAGAAGCUGGCCACUUCAUUCAGGAAGAUGUGCCAGAGAAGACGGCACAUCUGAUGAUAGAGUUCUUCAAGAGAAACGACCGUAGCAGUCUGGUACUGCCGCCAAAAGUAUCUGAUUUGCUUGCACAGGGAAAGAGGGUAUAGAUGAGAUGCUGAUACAAUAGACGAUACACAAGAUAUUGCUUACCCUUCCUGCUCGUCGCCUGAUAGUACUUGGAUGGUUACCUUUGAUCACAUUGAACAUUUUACUCGAGUACACUGAUCGAGAUGUGCAAAAAGCAUGAAUUGAUGUGCCCAAUCUGGGAUGAUGAAAAGUGAGAAUGGAUGCCCAGCGAAAGGGUAUAUACAUAAUGAAUAGAAGGAUCUCAAGCAGUAGCAACACACAUCUACCUCUUGCUGCUCUUGCGCAUCCUCUUCUCUCGCUCGUACUCCUUGGCCUCGUGACCCUCUUCUCCUUGGAUCUCGGCAACC